GAUCUACUUACGUAGACGGCUUCGAUUGAUUCCCUUGCUUGACGCCAGUGCAUCACGGAGUUCCACAGGAAGGCGCUGCAGUGUUGCUUUUGCUUUUCUAUUUUUUUCUGUCACCUGCACUCUCGCGUGUCGCCGUUCCAACGAGGCUAUAGAGUCGAUCCGGGAGUACCAAACCAUGUAAGUAAUUUUAAUUCUAGCGAUGGAAAAUAACGUGGGUGGCGAGUCAAUGUGGUUCGCGGUGUGGAGCAGAGAAAGUAAGGUUAUGGCGAGCAGAAACAAGUAAGCAUGUGAGCAAUCGUGUCUGAGAAAGGCGGUUGCUCUGCGUACGAAGAUCCUACUCCUGACAAAGCACCUGUAGAUGAGGACUAGUAACGAGUGAACCGGCGUGGCGCUCCUGCACAUAAAUAUACAAAAGAAAUGGCGGCGGUAGAGCAGCCGGAGGAGGAGAUUGAUGUCGUCGGCGUUGAUAUUUCGCCGAACGAUUGCGCUUUGGAGGACCCACUCACCAUUCGCCUGCGUUUUACACACCCAUUCGCCAUACCAAACGCAAGAUGGCGCAUACGCUUCUCCGUGGAUACUGCGAAGAAGACAAAAAUAGUACGCAUACAACAUUCCUUUGUUCCGGUUGAUCGCUAUCAAAUUUUUUUGUUUCUCCCAUGCUGCAUUGCUUAUUUGUUUUGUUCUCGCCGCUCUCAAGGAUGUAUUUCCCUCACUACAUAAGAUACAAACGCAUGCGCUGACGCUGUAUUUUCUUUUCCUUUUGUAAAAACGAAAUCAAAAACAAGAAAAAGCACUGGCUCAGCACAAAAGCAAACCACUACCAUUUUAGGUCGAAUUCGGCGAGACGGAGCAGGUCGCUGAAUAUCCAGCAACGGUGUCCCCAGACAGCGCUAACGAGGUUGUGUGGCACAUCGAAAACCUAGAGAUGCCAGAAAAACUCGCGAAGGAUGUGCUGAAAAACGUCGGACUGCUCGUCUUUUCUCUCAUGCGGGACGACGAUUCGCUGCUGGACGUAAAUUUCGUCACGCAAGUUAGUACGGAUCCGGCUACGGGGGGUCUCAUACGAAACAUUCUCAGUCCUAUAUGAACAGUGGGGGCUACGUACUCUGCGCUGAUACCGUAACGGAGCAGGGUGCUGGUGUCUAUAUGGAAAUGUAUAGUAAAAGUAAAUGAAGAUGAACUACACAACGAUGUAGAUGAACGGCUUCUGAAUGUUUCGGUUUCUUUCUAGUUUCGAACUUGCCACUGCCACGGUGUGCGUGAAAUACCCUAGACGACAUGCAUCGGCAAGUAGCAUUUUCUGUUCACCGUUUUUUCGGUAAUGGUAAUCCUCCUUCAACAAAUACAAAUGACAAGCAUGGAGAAAGAGCAUGCCGAAAUAUGAA